CUUGAAAUAAUAGUUGAGCUCUUUUCCCGCGCGGGCCGCCUGAACUUGUUUUUUUUCCGUCAUUUUCCGAGUCCGAUACAAGAAUUUUGCAAAAAAACAGGUUUUACUACUUGUUUUAUGUUUAUACAGAGUCUUAAGAAAUUCAUAUUUUAGGACAUCCUGAGACAUGCAGCAGCAACAGCAGAACGCCACAGCAGGUCACGUGGAGGAGAGUGAAGAAGACUUUGGGCCCCUCAUGAUCACCCGUCUAGAGUCUCAAGGCAUCAGUGCUAACGAUGUCAAGAAGCUUGAGGAGGCAGGUCUGCACACCGUGGAGUCGGUAGCUUACUCUACCAAGAAAGAGCUGUGCAACAUCAAGGGAAUCAGUGAGGCCAAGGCUGACAAAAUCCUGAAUGAGGCCAUGAAGUUGGUGCCCAUGGGUUUUACGACUGCCACCCAGUUCCACCAACAGAGGGCAGAAAUCAUUCAGAUUACCACUGGCUCUAAGGAACUGGACAAACUUCUUCAAGGCGGUAUUGAGACAGGGUCCAUCACGGAGAUGUUUGGAGAGUUCCGCACGGGGAAAACACAGCUAUGUCACACACUAGCAGUCACAUGCCAGUUACCAAUCGACAAUGGUGGAGGGGAGGGCAAGUGUCUCUACAUUGACACAGAGGGUACAUUCAGGCCAGAGAGACUCAUUGCUGUAGCUGAGAGAUACAACCUGUCCAGCAGUGAUGUAUUAGAUAAUGUCGCCUACGCUAGAGCUUACAAUAGUGAUCACCAGGGGCAGCUACUCCUACAAGCGUCUGCCAUGAUGUCUCAGUCAAGAUAUGCUCUUCUCAUAGUGGACAGUGCCACAGCUCUGUACCGCACAGAUUACAGCGGGCGCGGGGAGCUUGCUAGCAGACAGAUGCACCUGGCCAAGUUCCUCAGACACCUCCUAAAAAUAGCCGACCAAUACGGUGUGGCGGUCGUCAUCACAAACCAAGUGGUAGCCCAGGUGGAUGGCUCAGCUAUGUUCUCAGCGGAUCCCAAGAAACCUAUCGGGGGCAACAUCAUGGCCCACGCUUCAACCACCAGGCUGUACCUUCGAAAGGGACGGGGUGAAACUCGAAUCUGCAAGAUUUAUGAUUCGCCUUGCCUGCCGGAGUCCGAGGCCAUGUUUGCUAUCAAUGCAGACGGUGUGGGUGACGCAAAGGAUUAAAAAAAGAUUCAGAUUAUUAUUUAACUUUUCAGCUGACUUUUGAAGAAAUUUCUUUGCCUUUGAUGCAUGUUAAAAUCAGGCACGCAACUUUUCCUCGGAUCCGCUGGUUCCUUUUUUUUUUUACUCCUCAUGAAUGCCAUUACAAAUUGAAAAAUACUGUGCAAAGUCUUGUGUGGUUUGGAGUUUCCUUGUUUUUUCUAAAAUUCCCAGUUGCAUGCCUGUAUAAUGUUCAGCGGUAAGCUCCAUUGAGACUCAUUUUGGAAAGUCCCGUUUUGUUUUUGUAGUAAAAUUUGGUUUCAGCAAAAGCAUUUUGCCCCGACGCUAAACUUCAGCGGCAACACAUUCCAAAUCAUGUAAAAACGCUCUGGCUUAUACUUGUUGAAUCUCCGACUUUACAUUCAGGAAAAGAAGUACUUAACCGUAUACCUGUAGCAAGAGAUUACAUUUUUCUGAGUUUUACAUGAGGCACUGGGAAUUUAGUUGACAGGCCAAAAACAGCAGAGAAAUAUAAACUUUAAAAAGCAUUAUAUUUCAUUCUUCGUAGAUAAUUAGAAAUAAAAAUACCCUUUUUUGGUUCAGUUGCUUUUGUGAUGGCAUUAGAAAAAAUUGUGAUCGUUGACAACGCAUGCAGUCCUAUUUGAUGACAAGCAAUUACAAAACACAAAUUGGACAAAAUGGUCUCACACAAGCAGGUUACUGGUUUAUUGUUAGACACAUACACCUCUGAGAUAUAGUCCAGAGAAUUUCAGGAAACCUCUUUGUGUACAUAGUGUACAGUAUUUCUUCA